AUGACAGCCAAUGGAAUUAAUGGCAGCAGCAGAUCUGAUCUGCACUGGAAAGUUGGCUUAGUUAACAGCGCUGGGAAGUUCCUUACGGCAGAGUCGUUCGGAUUUAAAGUCAACGUUUCGGGGACGUCAUUGAAAAAGAAGCAGAUAUUCAUCCUGGAACAAGACUCCCAUGAAGAAGUGGUGUAUAUAAAAAGCUACCUAGAGAGGUAUAUGUCAGCGGAUAAAUAUGGCAAGGUUACAUGUGAGAGCGAGGAGAGAGGACAGACUGAAAAGUUCGUUGUGGAGUACGACAAGAAUGGGACAGGAAGAUGGGCUUUCAAGAACGUUGUCCAUGGAAACUUCUUAGGAGGCAGUGACGAUAAUUUGAAGUGUUUUUCAAAGUCUGUGACCGAAUCUGAGCUCUGGAUGGUCAAUCUGGCCAUUCAUCCACAAGUUAAUGUUCAAAAUGUGAACAGGAAAAGAUACGCCUGCGUCAAAAACGAAGAACUGCAGGCCACAGAAGUGAUUCCUUGGGGACCAGAGUCGGUUAUUAUUCUUCACUUUGAUAAUGGCAAGUACGCUCUGAAGACAUUUGACAAUCGGUUUCUAAACAAGGAUGGGACCCUGAGUACAGAACUGAGCGAUGACAGUCGUUUCUGUAUGGAAAUCAGAGGCGGCAGCAACAGUGGGUUUGCUUUUAAAGAUUGUUCAGGAUUGUACCUUACUGCUGUCGGAUCCGCCGCUACGAUGAAGGGACGUAACAAGACAGUGAGUAAAGAUGAACUGUUUACGCUGGAGAAUUCGUGCCCACAGGUCGUCCUGACGUCACUUUCCAACAACAAGAAGAUUUCAAUCCGACAAGGUGUCGAUGUGUCAGCAAAUCAAGAUGCUGAAGAAGACACGAACAAUGAAAUCUUUCAAAUGGAGCUGAUCAUUCCUGAAUCAGAAGAUUGUCAAGGCAGAUGGGCCUUCAGAGCUGUCAAUAACACUUACUGGACCCAGGAGACCCAUGGUGGGGUCCAAGCCACAGCCAAGGAUCCAUUAAAACCGGAUUGCCAGUUUGUGGUUGAAUGGCUUGGGGAUGGUACGAUUAGUCUGAAGGCUAACAAUGGACACUACAUCCAGAGUCGCCAGACUGGACAGUUGGUUGGAGUCAGUAAUGCUGUAACCAACAAAGAGAAGUUUUAUGUCAGAAUUGUCAACCGUCCAUUACUGAUUCUGAAAAACGAUAAUGGGUUUGUUGGGCUGAAAUCUCUAACGAAGCCAGAAGUCCAAUGCAGUAGAGGAAGUUAUGAAGUCAUUUUUCUAGAGCCUAGUAAUGAUGGCCAUUACUUUUUGAAAGGCAGCAACAACAAAUACUGGAGACUGUCAGAGAAUGCAUCUGUUGCAGCAAAUGGAGAAAGUCCAGAACCAUUUCUCCUGGAACCAAGAAGUCCUUCUGUUCUAACCAUCAAGGCUCCAAAUGGCUGUUAUAUCAAAGGAGAACUGAAUGGACUUUUCUAUGCUGUAGCUCAAGCUGUGGACUCCAGCACGCUGUGGGAGUAUUAG